UUUGACGAAUCAUCACCAACAGCUGCAUCGUCAGGCGGCUGAGUGAAGCCGCAUCGCUGCCCGUCUGCCUACGAUAUUCAGUUUUGCGUUUAUACCUGACGGUAGGAUCGAUAAUAACGUGGAACAUUUCUAUUCCUACCUUACAUAAGGAACACGAACGGGAUUUCAGGUGGCUCAGAUGGCUCUGGCAGUUUGAGUGAAACUACAGUACCUUACCUUACCAGGGUGUGAGGAUACCAGGUUCCGUCCCUCCCCGGUAUUUGCCGUAUCCAGCACAAAGAACUGCAACGUCCGAUCCUUGUUUCGGCUCACGCUCGCUUUCUCAACCUCCGACCUCAGAUCCAAGCUCGCCGCCCACCACCAACCGGGAGCUUCCCCUUCCACUGUCACAUCCUCGAGGCCUCGCGAGGGACAUUUCAAUUUCAAUUGGGUGGAUAAUGGCUGCGAGGGUUCUGCUGAAACAGCGCGUUGCGCCGUUGACGGCUGCAGUGCUGGUAGGAAGUUUUGCGUUCUAUCCUCGGACUGCGCACGCCGAAGCUCCCAACGAGCGCCAAUUCUCCAGAAAGCCCAUCUACGACGACGAUUUCGACGCCGUCCCCUUGACGAAACCCGCAUCCUCGAGUACGGUCUUCACCACUACCACCACCGCCAUGGCUCUCCCAACCCCAACUCCGCCUACAUCAACCGAAGAAGCCCUCCCCGCCGGCACCCCACCAGCCCCUUCGCCCUCCAUCUUCGAGCCCACCACCACCAAGACCACUGCCCGCACCCGCGCCCCGACGCCAACCGACCGCCUGGCGACGCAGAUCCGCCGUGCCCGCCUCUUCCUGUACUCGCAAGCGUGCGUAACCGAGGACGCCGUCAACGGCGCUAUGGCUCGCGCGUUUGCGCUCGAGCAGUCCUUCACGUCGACCAUCGCGUCGCUCGCGCCGCCGCGCGAGUCCGGCGAGAAGCUGAUGCCCGGGCUGAUCUACGUGCUGGUGGCGGGCAUGGCGGGCAGCAUCGUGGCGCGCAACCGCAACGUGCUGCUGCGCGGGGCGGCGCCGCUCGCGCUCGGGCUGGGCGCCGCGUGGGUGGUGCUGCCCGUCACGAUGGGCAACGUGAGCGGGUUGGUAUGGGAGUACGAGAAGAGGUUUCCUGCCGUUGCGGACGCGCAUCUGCGGGCGAGGGAAAGGGUGGAGCAGGGUGUGUAUAUGGCGCGGGUGCACGCUGAGCUUGCGCAGAGGAAGGUGCAUGAGGGGGUGCGGGAUGCUAGGGAGGCGUUGGAGGGGUGGGUUCGGAAGGGGAAAUGAAGGGGGAGGAGCGUCACUUUGGACUUUUGACUGAGGGAAUCAGAAAAAGGGCGAGGACGGCCCAUUGUAGUAGAGGAUAGAGCGAGGCGAGCGGCAGAUAUCUCUGCUUGUAUCAUAGUAGAGAUUGGACCGGACAGAUAGAUUUGCUUUGUCUUGAUUGGUGCUGGGGCGGUAAUGCCGCAGCGUUGUCGAAAGCCCAUCAAAAAACUAGUGCCUAUCUAGCCGCCUCAAUCCGAU